CAGGCGAUUUCCUUUCCAGCCCGGCCUUAUCUCGGCCCGCACGUUGCCGCGCCGGUGACUAAUAGCAGAAUAACAUUGUCUCGGGAUAAAAUAGCGCCGGGGCUGUUUACCCGCUCCAUGGGGGUUCGCUAUAAAAGGCCGCCGGGGACCGCCGCGCCAGCCAGACGCGCUGGGGCGCACCGAGCCGCCGCUUACCCCCGCAGGGCACUGGACACGGCUCUCCGUCCCGACGCUGGGAGAAACUUUCCCCCCUUUUUUCUCUUUUAUUAAUUUUCCCCCCUUUUUUUUCUUCUUUUUUUUUCCUCCGUUCCCCUUUUUUUUAUUUUUAUUUUUUUUUUCCCGUCCGCUCUCCGCUGCCUGCUAUGGAUUAUUCCCAGAUGAUCGUCUCGCUGCUCUUCGUCCUCUGCCCGGGGCUGCUGCCGGCAGGUAGGUGCCGGUACCCAGCCGCUCGCCGCCGCCUGGGUCCGGGGGGAGCCGCCGGUCGGGCUCCGCGCCGCCGGGCAGCCCCGGCGGGGAGGGCGUCCCGGAGGGAUGCGUCGGGAGAUGCGCGGGGUGCGUGUUUUCCGCGGGUGCUGAGCUCUGCCCGCUCCCUUCCCGCAGCCCCCGGAGCCGAGGUGGGCGCCGCGCCCUCACCCCCAGCAGCCGCCGCCGCCGCCGCCGGGCACCGUCGCGCCCGGCGCUGCUCCUGCUCCUCGCUGCUGGACGAGGAGUGCGUCUACUUCUGCCACCUCGACAUCAUCUGGAUCAACACCCCCGAGAAGACUGUUCCCUACGGUCUUGGAGGCCCCUCUCGAUCCAGAAGAUCGCUGAAGGACAUGGUGCCAGAGAUGCUCACUGAACCUGGCAGCAGAUGCCGAUGUGCCAACCAGAAGGACAAGAAAUGUCUGAACUUCUGCCAGACAGGAAAAGAUCUCUGGGCUCAGUCCACAGUGGAGAAAACCUCGCAUCACCGCAACAAAGCUGGCAAUUGCAUCGGACCCAAAUGCAUGAACCGACAGCUUGUUGACAGCAAGAAAAUGAAGCGGCUGGAAGCCAUUGGUAACAGUAUCAAAGCUUCCUUCAGUAUUGCGAAGCUGAAGGCUGAGCUCCAGAAAGGGCAGAAGCUGAAACAUAACAGGGCGAACAAACGGCAAAGCAUCUGGGAAAGCCUGAAAGCAUCCUAGUGGGAAGAUCACGUGACUCUUUCUCCAUCACACUUGCUGACAAAGCAUCACCAAAACUCUUUCUUGACUUCUGACAUUCCACGACGGCGAAGGACCUCUCUGUCCACGUGUUUGCACAGCAGGGCAAAACACUAAGGAAGUCCCAUAUUUGGAAGUAUAAAAGCAAAGGAUUUCACUAUUUUGGAAUUCAGAUGGAUGGGUAGAGGGGCUGAAGGGGAGUCGGCAGUAACACACAUAGAAAGCCAUCUUUCUGAAGAAAUAUUUGAAUAUCGCUUCUGGAAUGUUACCCAUCAAUUGAGCAGCUUUCAGGGUCUACAUCAAAAGCAUCUUGCAAGGAAGACCUCACAGAUUUGUUUAGAAAGGACAGAAAGCAAGAUCUGAGUGGACAGACUUCAAAGCGAAAAACUCUACCGUAUUAAAAUGCAAAAAUGAAAGCCACAGUGCUACUUUAGUCAGGACUUACUGCAUAUAUACAUGUCUACCUCGCAUACUGUUUGUUGCACUCCUGCUAGAGUAUUUUUACACCUUUUUAUUGCCUUUACUAAUCAGCUGCAACCCUUUGCCUUUUUUUCAGAAGUCUAGUUUACUUGUACAACCAGAGUUAUCUGAACGUGGGUUAAACACUGUGGUUGUUUGCAUAGUCAAUGUCCUUUGGUUUUGGAUGCCAAAGGACUCUUCAACAUAAAAUAAAAGUUAGAGGACACUACUAGGUUUCCCAUAACAAGGAUAUUUGGCUAACUGAAGUUCUAAUAAUAGAGGUUGUUGUGUCUUACAUGCCACCAAAAAUGCACUGAAGUGGGGAUGUACCAGAGCCUGUUGUGAGAUUUAUUCAGCGCCUUGUUUGGUGGAAAUGCGUUGAGACAAAGGGUUGUUUUGAAUUAUGUCAAAAGGCUAAUAUUGGGUGAAUGUUUAUAGCAGUGAAUUUGUUCACAUUGUUGAAUUUGCUGACAGGUUGAAUCUUAUGUGCUUAUUUUUUGUGGUUUGUAUUUAUAUUCACACAAGUUCUUCAUUAUAUUUACCAUGUUGAAUACACAUUGAAGUAGGCCAUAUUGGUCUAUGCAUGUUUUAUGUAUUUCUGUAUGAAAUUGGGAAAUGCUUUAUGCCUAUCAAGGUAAAUACCUUCAGAAAUAAAUAUUUUUAAUUACUGUAUUGGCCUGUUUUUCAACUAGCCUGCUUUUCUGUAGACUGUGGCUCCGUGAUCACGGAGGUAGAUUGCCCCACAUACAAAGCUGACCUAGAUGAAGUGUGUGCGCCUGAUUGCCUUUCUGUCAGAUUAGCCAGAUCACGACACAGAAAGGUUACGCCAAACGUGAGACAACAGAUAAUACUUGUUCUAGCUUCAAGCUUCCUCAUCAAAACUUCACAGCAAAAUUUGAAUUGGCCAAAUGAAUUUGUCCUGGAGCAGCACUCCCACAUGUCUUCUUCGUCCAGUAGUACAAAUUCUAAUGUUGGAUUUACUGUACCAUUAAAAUAUGGCCAAUAAGGGGUUGGAUAUUGAUGAACUAGAGGACAACAUGCACACAGUGG